UUUACUCUGGUCUCCUGCUUCAAGGCAGGCGCUCGACAGACGCGGCCCCAUUCAUCCGCGUUUCUUCUAUCUACCGGUUAAGGCGACCGGCAUUGUCCGUGUGAAGCCCCCUUCAGACAGACAUGUCGGGCUCCACAUCCCCGACCCCCCCGGCCGAGGCUGUGGGGACCGAGAGGUGUUUCCCCCCCGGAUACAAAUCGUUCAAACCCGAGGAGCACGGCCUGGAGCGCGGGUUCCGUCUCACCGCCUACUCGGACCUGAAGGGAUGAGGCUGCAAGGUCCCGCAGGAGGCUCUGCUCAAACUCCUGGCGGGACUGGAGCCCGACCGCUCCGGGGCAGGAAAGGCCGGGGACCAAACCUCGGAGUUCAGCCAACAGCUGCCGGGCCCUCGACUGGGUAUAGGAAUGGACUCCUGUGUGACUCCUCUGAGGCAUGGAGGGCUCUCUCUGGUCCAGACCACUGACUUCUUCUACCCUCUGGUAGAGGAUCCUUACAUGAUGGGCAGGAUAGCAUGUGCUAACGUCCUCAGUGAUCUCUACGCCAUGGGCAUCACAGAGUGUGACAACAUGCUGAUGCUGCUGAGUGUCAGCCAGAAGAUGAAUGAGAAGGAGCGUGAGCGUGUGAUGCCGCUGAUGAUGCGAGGGUUUCGUGACGCUGCAGAGGAGGGAGGCACUUCGGUGACAGGUGGCCAGACAGUGGUUAACCCCUGGAUCAUCAUUGGAGGAGUAGCUUCAGUUGUCUGCCAGCCUAACGAGUUCAUUAUGCCAGAUGGUGCGGUUCCAGGUGACGUCUUGGUUCUCACUAAACCUUUGGGGACGCAGGUUGCCGUCAACGCUCACCAAUGGCUUGACCAGCCUGAAAGAUGGAACAAGAUCAAGCUGGUUGUCACCAAGGAGGAGGUGAAAGAGGCCUAUCAGGAAGCCAUGUUCUCCAUGGCAACACUAAAUCGCACAGCGGCAGGCCUGAUGCACAAGUUCCAGGCCCACGCAGCAACGGACGUGACUGGUUUUGGGUUGUUGGGCCACGCUAACAACCUGGCAGCACAGCAACGAAACGAGGUGGCCUUCGUCAUCCACAACCUGCCAAUCAUAGCCAAGAUGGCCGCCAUCAGUAAAGCCUGUGGAAACCUCUUCAACCUGGUUCAGGGCACGUCAGCUGAGACUUCUGGUGGGCUACUGGUGUGUCUGCCCAGAGAGCAGGCAGCAAAGUUUUGCUCCGAGAUGAAAAGCCAGGGCUCUGGGUUCGGAGGUCAGGGGGCGAUGGGUGGAGCCUGGAUCAUUGGAAUCGUAGAGAAAGGCGACCGUCGCGCUCGCAUCAUUGACAAACCCCGCAUUAUUGAGGUCCCGCCCAGAGGAAGCCAAGCAGCCAAUCAGGACAACAGCUCCACCAGCCCUGCCCCAAGCCCCAAUCUGUCAUAGACACUACUGCCCCUCUGACGCACUCUGGUGUGUGUGUGUGUGUGUGUGUGUGUGUGUGUGUGUGUGUGUGUGUGGGUUGGUGAGCGUGUGUGUGUGGGUUGGUAAGCGUGUGUGUGUGGGUUGGUGACUGUGUGUGUGGGGGUAUAUUUUUGGGUGAGUGUGUUGCUCUUGCUGUCCAUCUCAUUCCCCUGUUCAGCCAAAAGGCUGAGAGCAAACAGACCAAAAUCCUCAUCGCCAUCAUCUCUUAAAGGUGGGGGAGGGAAUGAACAGCACAAACUAUAUUUAUCCAUGUUUGGUAUCCUACCAGGAGCCACUAAAUCCCCAGCCACGCUUACCGUUCACCAUCAUGGAGCAAAAUGUAAAUUCAGGGUAGCAUGCUCCACUGCCCCUCAACUAUCCCUUCUACAAUUAUCUGUGCUCUGUUGCCUUUACUUCCCCUGCCUACUCAACACAGACAGCUGUGUUUGUAUAUUUUGUCCAAAUGCAAAAAAAAGUAUUCUCUGAAAAUGAUUGUUUCAGUUGCAAAGAAAGAAACAUUCCAAAAAGUUAUUUGCCAAAUUCGGUGAAUGAUGGAAAAAAUAGUGUAAGUGUGUGUGUGUGAGUGUGAGAGAGAGAGCAAGAGAUAGAGUUUUAUCAUCAUGUGGGUGUUAUAGGGCUGUGUGGCUGUGGGGAAUUUGUUUUUUGUUUUUGUCUUUUUCUUUUGGAAGUGGUUGAUAUUGAUGUCUCAUGUUGGUGAAUGUAUCUUGUGAAUAAAAAUUGGUCCAUCUGUCAUGGCACCUGGCUCCGCCCACAUGUCCCAGAGAGAGGGUUGAGCAGCUUUCCCUGGACCGGUGUCGGUGUUCGGAGUGCCAUCUCUCUUAGCUGAUUGGCUGUCCAGCACAAAGCCCACCCCCCUUCCUGUUGAUGAAGCUCUGCCUUGUAAACCCCAGCCUGUGGGGGCGGGUGGAGCGGAUGUUUGCCUUUGGACGGGGGCCGGCCUUGCUUGCUGGAAGUCUGAGGCUGUUUGUGUUUGUAGAUUUCCCUGCUUUUCACAAUCAAUAAAACCAUCAUCAACACGUACCUAACUAC